AGGUUCUAGAGGGGGCGGGGGACUAUGCAGUAUAAAUAGACUUGUGUUAUUCGAGAAAUGUCAGUUACAAAGAGAAAAACAACAGCCUUUCUUAUUUUAUUCUGAAUCGUUCUGAAUUUCCCCACCUUUCUUUCCUGAUUUUUAUUUUUCUGUUACCCUCAUUUGUAAAUUUAAAGAGCAGAUACCCCAAGGCCUGCCUUCAACUACUGAUCAGAUCAAGAGCAUAGUAAAGCGACAAUACAAUGGUUUCGCAUCUUUUAUAUAAAUGUGCACUUGUCUUCACCCUAUCCCUUUCCCCAAUUUUUGGUCAAGCACAAGUGCCUACAACUAAUACUACACAAUCUAGUGCCACAAGUGCUUCUGCCACACCAAGCUCAUGUACAAAUUAUCCAACAAAUGGAAUAUGCAGUGCAUAUAUAAACUAUAGCGUAUACACAAAAGGACUGCCAAUACCAUUAAUUGAACAACAAAUAGCACUAUUAAAGAAUAUAAGCGAAGGCUUUAAAGACAUUGCACCCACUUGUGUAGACGCUUAUUACAGAUAUUCUUGUUCCUUUGCUUAUCCUAGAUGUGAUAACAAUGAACCCACAAUGGGAUGCAUAUCCUCUUGCGAAGAAGUUUACCAUCAAUGUAAAAAUAUCUUUAUGCUUACUGGGCUUAACGCACUGCCAGACUGCAAGAAAACAUCACCCAUCACACAACAGCCUCUGUCUUCCAGCAGCAAAUGUAACGCUAUAGCAUCUAAGCUUUCAAAUACAAACGCCCACUAUAACCUAUCAUAUAUUCCAGACAACUUUGUUGUUGCCCAAUGCCCCGCUCCUUUUGUAAAGGAUGCUGGUUAUGAACAGCCAGGAAGCGCAACAAACACUGCAUUCUGUAAAGCAGGCUGUUGCCUUCCGUGUCCGCAACAAAAUUUUUUCUAUCCUACCGACUGGACUAUACGUGCGUUCUUAGCAACCGACAUUGUCAGAUGCAUAUCCGCCGUAUUGUCACUCAUCCUGACAGUCAGUUACUUGGUCUUGCCUGAUAAGAGAAGACACCCUUCUUUGCUCAUUUUGAACUUUUCUAUAUCCAUCUUUCUGUUCAGCAUGGUCUCUUUCUUCUCAGUAAAUGAUCCUAAACGAAUUCAAUGUGCCAACCCUGCUUCUGUCAGCUCACAAGACAAUAAUCCUUUAUGUGCUGUACAAGGCGCUAUUCUUAUCUUCUCUUCAUUGGCAACCUGCUGUUGGAGCGCUGCUCUCAUUCUGAAUCUUCACUUGCACACUGUUUGGAAAGUGAACUUCUUUACCAACAGAUACUAUAUUUUGAACACCUUUUGCUGGGGAUAUCCUAUUGUCUUUAUGUCACUCACUCUUGGUCUUCACAAGGUCAAAUUUGAAUUUGCCAACCUUUGCUUAGUAUCUGUAGACAAGAUUUUCGAGUUAUUCUUUUAUCCUAUGGCUGCUAUCGUCUGUCCAGCAUUCUUGGUUCACAUAGCUACGUUUAUUUAUAUUGCUCGAAUGGCAUUUCGAGAAGGCAUCCAAUCAGACAUAUCUCAGUCUGCAUCUCAAGGCACCACAAACCUGCCUAUUACUUCUAGAAAGCAUAAACAUGUUAUUACUGCAGUGCAGAUUCAAUGGCGUGCUAUAUUGCUGGCUAUUUUGUCUAGUGGAACCGUCGUCUUUUACUGGAUAUUUUACUUUACACAAAUCCACAAAAUGGUUAAUCUCAAGAAUGAUGACACUAUCAAGCUGAGCUGGAUAGAAUGUAUGAUAUCUCCUGAUGGUGGCCAAGACAAUUGUACGUACAUUAUCAAAGACAAACUGCCUCCUUUUGCGCUCAUGGUAGCAGCAGAAACUCUUGUGAGUACGAUUGGUAUUUGGCUCUUUGUGAUAUUCGGAAAGGCAUCUCUCUGGAGAGAAUGGGGUGAUUUCUUCUAUGACUUGCAAGUUUAUAUCAAAACCCGUGGACUUGAAAAGAACAAUGAUCAAUUUUUUGCUCUCUAAUUACUUCUUAAUGUGUGACUAUAGUUAUUAAUCUUAAGCUAAUAAUAAAAAAAAUCUUAAUAUACAAAGCAUAAACAUUAAAAGCCCCAAUCUUUCUCAUCUAUGCUGACAACAAUAUCCAAUAUAAAACAAACUUACACAUGACCACUUCAUUUAGUAUUAGGGUCUAAAAUGACAUUUACACUUGGAUUUCCCUUUUGCGUGUUCUCAUUAAAAAAGUGCAAUGUAGGGUCAAGUGUCGACAGAGAAAUACAGUGCAUAGAGACGAGAGAGGAGUAUAGAAGGGGCUUUUAUAUGAUACUGUGCUAUCCUGCUAUCAAAUACUCCCGAAUUUGACAACACAAUAGCGACAGGUGCUUUGCAAUUAAGAUGUCUUCGAAAAACCACAGAGUGAUUUUUUUACAAACAUCAUUUAAAUUUAUUGCAAAGGUUCAUAUGAGGUUGUAGACCACCGAUAAGGACAGAGUUUACUCUUCAUCUUCUUCUUCAGCAGCUUC